GAUUUACUAAUCAUCUGGACAGCCUCUUUGAAUCCACCGUGUCGACGAAGGGAGUUUACGUAUUAGUGAAGCGGCUCAGCAUCCGGUCACGUCUUCUCAACUUCCCCUGAAAACAACACCACGUGUGAGGGAAAUGAAUGGGUAACUGUCAGCGCUGUCCACACAUGCACAUUCAACGGCAUUAAGGGCACGACCUACCGUUUACUGACCAACGUUUGUGUUCGUUUGUUUUAAAACUCAAAAGAACGCUGCUUCUGGAGAAGAGUGACGGUGCUCACCAUGAGUUUUGUGGAGUACUCAGACUUCAUUCAGGACGGGGACGUGGCCGUCGUCUACCUGGGCCAUGAAUCCAUGAUGCCAGUCAAGGUGCAGCAGGGCGCCCAAACGCAGACGCGCUACGGAGCUAUUCGCCACUCCACAGACCUGAUAGGUCAGCGGUACGGGUCGAAGGUCACCUGCAGCAAAGGCGGCUGGGUCUACGUGCUUCACCCCACACCUGAGCUGUGGACAGUCACCCUGCCGCACCGCACACAGAUCCUCUACACCACCGACAUCGCCACCAUCACCAUGAUGCUGGAGCUGAAGCCGGGCUCAGUCGUCUGCGAGUCAGGGACCGGUAGCGGCUCUCUCUCCCACGCCAUCCUGCGCACCAUCGCCCCCACAGGUCACCUGCACACGGUGGAGUUCCACCAGCAGCGGGCGGAGAAGGUGGCCGAGGAGUUCAAGGAGCACCGCGUGGAUCACCUGGUCACCGUCAGGAACCAGGAUGUGUGCAAGGACGGCUUCGGAGUAACCGGGGUGGCGGACGCCGUAUUCCUGGACAUCCCCAGUCCCUGGGAGGCAGUGAUACACGCCAAGGCUGCUAUGAAGAAACAAGGAGGUCGGGUGUGUUCGUUUUCUCCGUGUAUUGAGCAGGUUCAGAGGACGUGCGAGGCGUUGGUGGACCAGGGCUUCGAGGAGCUCAGCACCGUGGAGAUCCUGCUGAGAGUCCACGACGUGCGAACAGUCUACCUGCCGCUGCCCGACUUCGGCCCUGACUCCCUAGCUCAGACUCAGCCCGACGUUGCAGAGAAAACGCCUCCAAUCCAGGCCUCCGUCGCCAUGAAGACCACCAUCCUGCCCAGAGAAAUGCCAGGUCACACAGGGUACCUCACCUUCGCUACCAAACCCAGAACCUAAAGGGAUUUGUCUUUAUUUUCCCCACCAGUAAGUAGGACGUGUUUAUAAUGCGUCCUCUUUGCCUGGCGCCAGUGUGUUUUCCAUGUACAUUAAUAAGACUGUGAUAAUCCAGCAGGGGUACCAGGCUCCUCCAGGUCCCGGCUGGCACUGCAGCACCAAGAGGAUUUAGUUUGUGUUACAUCAUUUUAGCCUCCUGUCACCUGGCACUGGUUUGUUGCUUGCAUCAAGCAAGAGUGAAAAUCAAGUCGUUUCAUUUGAGAAGAAUGAACUAUGCUUUAUGUCUCCCCUUUUUAUAAAAAUCACUUUUAAUCAGUUCUUUCAUUUGUUGGGGGAAGAAAUAUUUUUUUUAUUUUGCACUUUUGUAUUCCAGUAAAUACAAUAAAUGUGUGAAAAGAU